AGUCACCGGUUGCUUCUGUCAGUCGAGGUGCAUUCACACAGAACAGGAAAUGAGAGCGAGGAGCAGGCGAAGCAGCAGCUUGUACGACUCCAGCUCUGCAGACACACGACUGUUACAGGGACAUCUUGGAAUCAGCUCCGUGAUGUUUGCACGUUGACUCCGAGGCCACACCGGAGCAUGGGGCUUGUGUCGGUGCAGUAUGAGUUUGAGUACACGGCGAGGAACGGCAGCCUCGUGUCCAUCAAGCCUAACGAAAGCUACACCCUGGUGUCCAAGACCAACCAGCACUGGUGGCACGUCCGCAGGGAUCCGGACUCCAGUCCUUUCUACGUCCCUGCACAGUACGUGGUGGAGUGUGUGACCGGCAGCGGAGCAGCAGAUAUGACCCUGUGCAAAGCAACACCGGUGAUUCGUGUCCCGGCUCCCGAUGCUUCAAGAGAGACAUACCGCUUCUCUACGUUUGGUUUCUGUGACAGUUUACCAGAGGUGGAGACGCCUGAAGAAGGACUCACAGGCAGCGUUGCACCCACAGUGGAUAAUCUACAGAAGCAGGUCUCAGCAGGAAGCCUGUCAUCGACCUCAGCUCCUCUGCAAGCCGACGGCCUGCAGCUGCUUCCAGAACCUCCUCCUCUGCCAAAGGCUGAGGACGAACCACAAGAGCUGCCAAGCCCCCCGCUGGAGGAGAGAAAGGCAAAGUGGUUUGAGGAUGAUGAAGACGUCUCCUUCCCCUCACCCCCUCCUUCAAACAUAUACGACACCAUACCAGAGCUGUUCCCAGAGCUGAACUCACUCUCUGAUCCUCUGGCUUCCAGUGACCUUUCAGCACCAGAGCAGCAGAGUCUGAGUCCAACUGCCCCUGAUUCGCCUCUCACUGAGCAGGUGGAGAAUGAAAGCCUCCGGUCAGCCGUCUACGUCAACGUAGCACAGCUUCGCCAGAGCAUCUCUGAGUCUCCCCCCUCGGCUCCCUCGUCCUACUCUCCUUCCUACCUUGACCCAGAGGGGUGGGAGGUGCAUGUUGACCAGGAGAGUGGACAGGAGUACUACUACCACCCGUCCACGGGGCAAACCACCUGGGACAAUCCCUUUCUAGACUCCCCCACGGACCCCGAGCGUCUCCCUGCCGAGGACCCUUGCUCCCCGUCGCCUCCUCAGUCACCUGCCCGCUCUCUGUCCACCUCCUCCCCCCCUGUGUGGACCUCAGACUGGGAGCAGUUGGUGGAUGAGACCAGUGGUCGCCCCUACUUCUACAACGCGAUGUCUGGGGAGACGUCCUGGGAGCCUCCGGAGCUGCUGAGCCCGUAUCCGCCGAUGAUGGAGCCGAUGAGCGUGCACAGGUUUCACGAGGCGGGGCCGCCUCCUCUGCCUGCGGAGGACUACCCCCCGGAGGAUUACCCAUCAGCUGCUGAACAAACAGAGGUCUACGAGGAGCUCCUUGCCGCGGGACCUCCCACCCUCCCUAAAGAGUACACCCUCAGCCACGUGAGCCGGACCAUCAUCCCCAGGGCCAACCUGGACCGCAGCACCUCGAGUGGCUGGAACCUCAACGUGGAUCCCACUGGGACCUGGGUGUUCACCAGUGACCUGUCUCCAGAUCAGUGGAUCAAGUCUGUGGACGAGCGAGGGCAGACGUACUACUACCUGAGAGACGGCUCCAGGUCCCAGUGGAACCUGCCUGAGGCCCCUGUAGCUCCUGGUCACCCUCGGGUGGAGAACGGCGUCGAGGUGGAAAACGUGUCGGUCAUUAAAAACUGGAGACACACCAUGGGACCUGCUCAGCUCAGCUCAGCUCAGGAAGAAGUGAGAUUCGUGCCGACUCACAGGAGGAACACGUCCGACUACAGCAGCGACAGCUCCAGUACAGGGAACUCUCCAGAGACGCAGCAUAACGUGCAGAACUUAGAAAAAGCCGGAAUUCUCAACAAAACAAAAGUGUCUGAGAACGGCAAGAAAGUCAGGAAAAACUGGGGCCAGACGUGGACGGUUCUCCACGGAGGAGUGCUGACGUUCCACAAAGACCCAAAGUCUGCAGUGACGGGGGCCUCGAGCAAGACCAAUCAAAUUGUCCCGGAGGUCACGGUGGACCUGCGAGGAGCCACGAUUGGCUGGGCCUCCAAGGACAAAUCCAGCAAAAAGAAUGUUUUAGAGUUAAAAGGUAAGAACGGUGUGGAGUUUCUGGUACAGUACGACACAGAGAGCAUCAUCAACGACUGGCACAAAGUCUUAAUGGACACCAUACGACAACUGGAGUACCAGGACCAUCACUCAGAGGAGGAGGACGAGAAUUUAUAUGAGAAGAUCACGGAGCGAGAUGACAAGUCUAGCAGCGCUGGGUUAGACAAGCGAAGACCCUCGAAGCCGAGUGUCACGCACUCAUCCAGCUCUGCAGGAGAGUCCGACCAGAAGAGGGUUCGAACCAAGCUGAUGAAGUUCCUCUUGAAACGUCCAACGCUGCAAUCUGUCAAGGAGAAGGGAUACAUCCGAGACAAUGUGUUUGGCUGCCACCUAUCCACACUCUGUGCACAGGAGAGGACCACAGUUCCCAGUUUUGUGGAGAGAUGUAUCAGAGCAGUAGAGAAGAGAGGUUUAGAGAUUGACGGACUCUACAGAGUGAGUGGGAACCUCGCUGUCAUCCAGAAACUGCGCUUCAAGGCUGAUCACGAGGAGCUGGACCUGGAGGACGGACAGUGGGAGGACGUUCACGUCAUCACCGGAGCGCUCAAGUUGUUUUUCCGAGAGCUUCCCGAGCCACUUUUCCCCUUCAGCCACUUUGAAAACUUCAUCACCGCCAUCAGAAUUCCUGAUCAUAACGCAAAAGUGUCUUGCAUGCGUGACCUGGUCAAAUCUCUUCCUCUUCCAAACCACGACACCAUGGAGAUGCUUUUUGGUCAUUUACGCAGGGUCAUUCAGUUCUGGGAGGAGAAUCGCAUGUCUGUGCAGAACGUCGCCAUCGUGUUCGGUCCAACGCUGCUUCGGCCAGAGAUGGAGGCGUCCAACAUCGCGAUACACAUGGUGUUUCAGAACCAGAUCGUGGAGUUCGUUCUGAACGAAUACGAGCGUAUCUUCCACUCCAGCUAAAGCAGUCACACGCCUCUGGUGCAGUACGGGGGCGAAUGUCUAAAUGUGCUCAUGUGGUUUGAAGUGCACGUAAACGGCUUCGGUGCAACACCUGAGGACAAAACUCAUCUUUUAACAUAAGUGAAAGGGCUCCUGAAGCUUUCUCUGCUCAGAAUAUUUGAAGUUUAACACCGUUAAAACUAGUAAAGGGACUUUCAAAUAGUCUUUGCUCAGAAUAUAUGAAGCAUGUGUAACCAGAUUGACUCCAUAGGAGGCUCACACAGUUAGAACUACGUUUGGCAGUAUUGGAGGAAAUUGAGCUGCACAGGUGUCGGUGUGGUUCAGUUUCCCAUCUCAGAUUAUUGAGCCUGUCUGUUGGGUGGAAGAAGGACUGUGUCACAUCUGUGAGAGUGAAAAUGUUUUUAUCUCACAAAUCACGUUCUGGAGAUUUUAAUCGUUUAUUUUAUUUUUUUGUUAGUUUGUUUUAUUUUUCUAAUUCGCAGCUGAAAUAGGAACCAAGUCACAGCUGGACAGAUGCAUCAAUCCUCUCUGUAAGAAACUGUCACUGAUUGCUUCCAACUUUAUUCUAGUUUAAUGACUUUUAAAUAUUGUUUUGGAUUUGAUAUUAAAGUAUAUCACAUAUUGCAAUAACUGAGAUUAUAAUCCAAUACUGCAUUUUUUUUUUCUUUUUUGUUUUGACCCAUGAAUAUGUUUUAUUGUAAUAUAGAAAUGUAUAAAAAAUAAAUAUUAAUAAUGUGAACUAGAUGGUGACAUAGAAUACUUCCACUGAACUGUAAAACACGUUUUUUGGAUCAUGCUGUACUUGAAGAAACUUUACAAUAACAUAGAAAUAUAUAUAAGUAAGAGAUAUUUUUGACAGUCGGUGGUAAAGUCAAUCUGACCAUGAAAAGGUAAACUGGAUAUUAGCAGAGAUUUAUGUCUUGUAAAUAGAAAUAGAAAGCAUGUUUAUGCUGAGAGGUGUUGGAAAUGCACAAGCUAUUGAAUAAUAAAGUAACUUUGUAAAAAAUAAA